GCGCGCUGCAGUUCCUCUUUAUCUCUCCGGUGCGGCUCAAUGAGGCGCAGCUCCCAAAGCCCCAGAUCCUCCUUUUACUGCGCCCUGGAACUCUCCAUCUACACACCUCACAGAAAUCAUGGGUUGUAGAAAAUCCAAGCUUGACGACGGGCAGAGUGGAGGUGCGUUUGGCGUGGUGAAGCGCGAGCCUGUACAUCCUGAAAAAACGGUAUAUGUGAGAGAUCCAACCUCCCCUAAACCCCACACUAUAAAUAAUGCUCCUCCGUCAGGACUCCUACCUGGGCAGAGAUUCCAACAGAUGGAAGAGCAACGGGAACACGGCAAAAUAGUCGUCGCUCUGUACCCGUACGAGGCGAUCCACCAGGAUGAUCUGGGAUUUAAGAAGGGGGAGAAGAUGAAGGUUCUUGAAGAGCAUGGCGAAUGGUGGAAGGCAAAAUCUUUGAGCACAAGGAAAGAAGGUUUCAUCCCCUCCAAUUAUGUCGCCCAGGUGGACACCAUGGAGACGGAGGAAUGGUUCUUCAAAGAAAUCACAAGGAAAGACGCAGAGAGACAACUUCUAGCACCUGCUAACAAACCCGGUUCCUACCUCAUCCGAGAGAGCGAGACGUCCAAAGGAAGCUACUCACUAUCCAUCCGAGACACGGGUCCUCAGGGUUCCGAUGUUGUCAAACAUUACAAAAUCCGGAGUCUGGACAAUGGCGGCUACUACAUUUCUCCCAAAAUCACAUUCCCGGAUAUUACAAAAAUGAUCCAUCAUUACCACAAGCAAUCAGAUGGACUGUGUCGUAAACUGGAGAAACCGUGUGAAAAACCAAAAGCUCAGAAGCCAUGGGAUAAAGAUGCAUGGGAGAUCUCGAAAGAGUCCAUCAAAAUGGUGAAGAAGCUUGGGGCGGGGCAGUUCGGAGAGGUGUGGAUGGCAUAUUACAAUAACAGCACGAAGGUGGCAGUGAAGACACUGAAGCCAGGCACCAUGUCCGUCGAGGCUUUCCUGGAGGAAGCGAACCUGAUGAAGACGCUUCAGCAUGACCGGCUCGUUCGCCUGUAUGCCGUCAUCACCAAAUCUGAGCCCAUCUACAUCAUCACUGAGUUCAUGGCUAACGGUAGCUUGUUGGAUUUCUUGAAGAGCAGCGCCGGCUCCAAUUUACAGCUUCCCAAACUGAUUGAUUUUUCCGCUCAGAUAUCAGAAGGCAUGGCCUACAUCGAGAAGAAGAAUUACAUCCACCGAGACCUGAGAGCCGCCAACGUGCUGGUGUCUGAGAGCCUGCUGUGUAAAAUCGCAGACUUCGGCUUAGCCAGAGUCAUCGAGGAUGACCAGUACACAGCCAGAGAAGGAGCAAAGUUCCCCAUCAAAUGGACGGCACCGGAGGCCAUCAAUUACGGUUCCUUCACCAUCAAGUCUGACAUGUGGUCUUUUGGCAUUCUCAUUUAUGAAAUAAUCACGUACGGGAAAAUCCCUUAUCCAGGAAUGAGCAACGGUGAGGUCAUGUCCUCUGUGCAGCGUGGCUACCGCAUGCCACGGCCUGAAAACUGUCCCACUGAGCUGUACGACAUCAUGAGCACCUGCUGGAAAAAUAAACCUGAAGACCGACCCACCUUUGACUACAUGCAGAGCGUCCUGGAUGACUUCUACACGGCUACUGAGGGCCAGUACCAGCAGCAGCCAUGAGCCCAGAGUUCCCAUCCUGCUGCUCUGACAUUAUUUAUACUCAUCAAAAGGACCUUGUAUAAAGGAAAUGUAUACUUACACAACAUGGUGGUGUAGUGGUCAGCACUGUUGCCUAACAGCAAGAAGUUUCUGGGUUCGAGCCCAGCGCCUGACGAGGGCCUUUCUGUGCGGAGUUUGCAUGUUCUCCCCGUGUCUGUGUGGGUUUCCUCCGGGUGCUCUGGUUUCCCCCACAGUCCAAAGACAUGCAGGUUAGGAUAAUUGGUGGCUCUAAAUUGCCCAUAGGUGUGAAUGUGUGUGUACCAUGGUCAGAUAUGAGUAGUAUGCCUUUGACUCGGCCAUGUUGAGCUGCGUCCUUUGUAAUUCAGCUGAAUUAAAUUAUGAUUAACCAGUGUAAAUGUAAGGACAGUCAUGCAUCAGGAAGAAAUAAUGUAUACAUGUAAAUAGAUAUUAUAUAUAUAUAUAUAAUUUUUUUUUAUCUCCCAGCUUGCUUACAUUUAAGCAAGAUCAAAACAAUUUCUUCAAAUUGAAGUUUUAUCUGCUUGCCUGUAAAAUGAUAAAUAUGUGAAUUUUUUAUGAACAUUCUUAUAAUCAUAAUCCCACUAUUAAAGAAGACUGAAUUGCAUGCAGCUACGAUAACGAUGAGUUUAUAAUCCGCCACUUCUGAAACAUUCACUGAGCAAAAAUCCAGCAUCAUUUCAUAAUUAAAAAAACAUACAGAAAUAUAGAACAGCAAUAAAUUUCUGAUAUCUUCACUGAACAGAAAUCCAGCAUUGCCAGUAUUAUAAUUGCAAGUUUUUACGGAAUCCAUAACCAUUAAUUUUCCAUCCAUCAUCAUUAAAAUACUGUACGUUAGAAAUAGUUACCAAAAAUAAUGCAGCUGACUGAUUCAUGUGUGUUAAUCAUCGAACCUUAGCUCAUAGUGAUACAUGGUUCAUGAAUGAAUCGACUCUGAGUCAACUCUUAAGGUAUUUGCAUAUCUGAACCAUUUCUUCUUCUUCUUCGCAGGCAGUACCAUUACUCUUGCAAUGUAAUUUAAUCAAAAUUCCUUACGAGAAAUUUCUUUUCAACACCUGAACGUUGAUAUUUAACAGUUGCAUGUUAAUAAAUCCAAUUUUAAAACAUUCCAUACAAACAGAGCAGAUAUAACACCGAACCAUGUGACUUACAUCCCUUAUGUCAUCAUUUAUUUAUUUAUUUGAAAAAUGCUUCUUAAAUGGUCAAAUUUAUCUUUGUCCAAUUUAGAGCAAAAAAAAGAAUCAAAGGAGUCAAAUCUUGGUUCAAGGAGUCAAAUGAUACGACACUGCAAAAAGAUGGCCUCCCCAACACCACCGACUACAAACUCACAUGUUAAACACAAUAUUGUAUUGAACUUGGUCUUGAGGAUGAUCUCCAGUCCAUUUCCCUCUAGUUAAGGGAUGAUUUAUUAACAUACUGAUUCAUUUAAAGUAUUAUAAAUGAAGGCGGAGAGAUUGAGCCAAAUAUUUUCAUUUUCAAAGCAAUCAUUUGUGACCUGAAUGGUUUGUAAUUAUAUGUUAAAUAUUUAACAUACAUAACACUGACAGCAGGGAUCAUGGUUCGAUCUUGUGCUGCAGUUUCUCAUGAAGAACUCUUUAUUUUUCAAUGGAACUUUUUCCCCCACACAAUUUGCCAUAAUGGACAUCACAAUACUGCACUGAGGUGAUUUCUCAUAGCUCUUAGGAGGCUCAUGGUCAAAAGUUCAAAGUUUAGAGACUGGAGUUUGACACAUCAUGAAGUUAAUGUCAUGGAAGAUCACGGAAAAGUGAACAGUGUAUCAUAUGAAGGACAUGAUUUAAGAUGCACUGAGGUUUGAGGAUAUAUCUAUACGUACAGAACUGUGCAAAAGUCUUGGGCGCAUGUAAAGAAAUGCUGUCGAACAAAAAUGGCUGAAAAAUAAUGAAAUGUUUCAGCAUUAACAAAGUCAAUAUUUGGUGUGAGAUGAAAUUUCCUUUGCUUUAAAAAAAAAAUAGUAGUCUUAGCUCCAGUGAGGUCAGUUUUAUGCGGAAAUGAUCUGUAGGUUUUCCUGAGCAUCUUACAGAACCAGCCACAGUUCUUCUGGACACUUUGACUGUCACACUCACUUCUUCAUUUUACACCAAAACCCAGCAGCCUUCAUUAUGUUUUCAUUUUUAAUCUGAAAAGUGCUCUCUUAUGGAAUAUGCUGUUCAAUUUUUUUUCUGUAACAUUUAAUUUUGUGCUGGAAAAAAGAACAUUUGGAACUUUAAAAUGUUUUUGUAAUGUUUUGACUCGAUAAUGUAGAAGCCAGAAAUUUAUAACAAAGUUUGUGUGAAAAAAAAAAAUAGGGGACCUAAGACUUUUGCAUAGUACUGUGUGUGUGUGUUAUAUAAGAAAGACUGAUGCUACUAAAAUGGAUUGAGUCCUGGAAUAAUUUAAAUUAAUGCAGGUACUAUGUUGUUGUUGUUAUUCAGUUGCAAUUAAAUCUUCUUCUUCUAUCGAUCUUAAAUAUUGUUUUUUGAGAUUGUUUGCUGUACAUAAAUUCAUGGUGUAGAAAUAUUACACUUGCUGUUUUGAUAUAAUGU